AUGCCGGGUCCGAGUGGGUACAGACGACCUGUUCAACCUCAAACCAGAUCCUCUGCCGAGCCAGCCAAGAAGAAGGACUCUGCAGAAGGCAAAGGGGAAGACAAGUAGGAUGAAGAUGGAAAACAAGUAAUUUGAAACUAAAGUCUACAAAAAUAAUGUUUUAAUUACUCAUGACUUGUACAUGCAUCUGUUGAAUCCAGUGUUCAAAGACUUCGUAACUUGCAAACUUGUUAGAAAGUUUUUUCAUUGACACUUUGGACCAGUCGGUGAGACCUCUUGGAAAGUUCUUGAUGGUUGGAUCAUUUAGCGCCGACAAGCAAUAUUUCUUUGAUGGCUAAAAAAUGAUUACAAUAGACGAAUUUUCAUAUGUGCGUCAUGGUAAAGAUUUGGGAUUUAAUUGUCUACCUAUUUUCGUAAGUAACUGCCAAUAUUAGUCCAUUUUUGAACUUAGGAGCCUAAAAGAUCACGAAAUUGACCAAAAAAUAUUACAGGUAGGAUGUCGGAUGACAGGCUUCGAUGCAGUUAUGUGAAACAGUACGUAGUACCGGCAGAGUAUUGUGUCCCCCGUGUGGCAAAGAAAAAGCUAGUGAGUGUGGGAAAAAAUACAUCUGAAAAGACAGAAAUUUUAGUCAUCGCAAUCAGUUGUAUGCGUUUGGGCCAGGAGAACUAUUGUUUUUAUUAUUGCUUUUGCCGAUUUUUAUAUGUUAUUUAAUUUUUGUUGUUAAAUUUUACAUUUUAGGAUGGAGCUAAGCCUAGGAAACGAACUUUUAACUCCAGGCAAGAAGCCAUUUCUUCGCCUCCACAUCAUAAACGUCGAAACAAAUCGUACUGGAAAGAAGACACGAUCAUAUGGUAUGAUCAGAGGCAGAGAACCUGA